UGAUUUGUUGAAAAUAUCAUACGUCACUCUCUCAAAGCGCGGAACCGGAGGUGGUCAUAGGAAAUAUUGCACCGCGUUAGGUGUACCCAACCAUGGAGUCAACGGAUAAGAACGAAGCUAUAAAGCUCUUUGUGGGGAACCUGGCUUUGGACACCUCUCAGGAGGACCUGACACAGCUCUUUGCGCCAUAUGGACAGGUGGUCACCUGCAGUGUACUCAGGCAGUUUGCCUUCAUCCAUCUCCAGGGAGAUGGUGCUGCUGAUCUAGCCAUAAGAGAACUGAAUGGACGGGAGUUCCGUGGCCGCAACCUGGUGGUUGAAGAGUCCCGCGGAAGGCCCAUGCAUUCCACCAAGGUGUUUGUGGGGAACCUCAGUGCCAUGUGUUCUGCUGAGGACCUGCAAGAGCUCUUUCAGACCUUUGGGAAAGUUCUGGAGUGUGAUAAGGUCAAAGCGAGGCUCUCCUCCUCUGCGGGCUAUGCCUUUGUACACAUGGAGCGGAAGGAGGAUGCAGUGCAGGCUAUUGAGGCUCUCCAUGGGACCACCUUCAAAGGCCGACCGCUCUCUGUGGAGCUCUCCAAUGUGCAGCCCAGUAAUCCCACCACAACUACAGCCAAGGCCCCCGUCAUGAGUCACUAUGCCACUGAAAGCCCCUCCAUCAACCCUCAUAUGGAGCACCACCAGAGUCAGGCUGCUGUACUGGCUGCUGCCGUUGCUGCAGCUGCAGGUCUGCCUCUUCAGGUGCAGCAGAGCUUGCACAACUCUGUCUACAACACAACGAGCUUUGAUCCCACAUACGCUGCACUAAAGGGCAUGACGGCAGCCAGCGCCACAGAUGGUACUCCAGUGAGCCCUGCGGUCUACGGUGCCCUCGCCAGCCAGGUGUACGGCUCUGUAGCGGAUCAGGUAUACGACUCUAUAGCCAACCAGGCCGCCAGCUAUCAGAAUUCAGCCACACCGGACGCAGAAGGCUACAGUAACCAGUACGACCCCACAGCUGGAGAGGCACCGUCAGCCCAGGCUGCUGUCAACCCGGCCUACGGUGGAGCCUCGGCCCUCUACAACGCCAGCUCAGCCUAUGGCUCCAUGGGGGGUGCAGAACCCACUGCCCAGGCCAUCUUUGAGGCAGCACGGGCCCGCUUCUUCCAGCAGGGCCAGCAGGUUCUAGCUGAGCAGCAGAUGGGGACUAAGUCAGGGGACAGGGACCGCAGCCCAGUACGCCGCUCCACCCCACUGCUGCCUGACCCUGUGCCCCAGCCCUUCCCCCAGCCACGCCCCAAACGCCGCGCCCUCCUCCCAACGCCACCCGGCCGACCAGAGGACCCGGCUGCUGAUAGAGACCCCAUUGCCAGAUGCUAUGCAGAGUACUAUCAGCAGGUCCAGCAGUACCAACAGUACCAGCAGUACCAACAACAGUACCAGCAGUACCAAUAUGGCUACCCUCCUCCAGCCCCGACCCAGAUGCCCCCCACAAUGCCCAACUACCAGAUGCCCAUGCAGGCCCCGCCCCCGACGGAGGCCCACAACCUGGAAGCGCCUGCUACCUACGCCCCAGCUAGAGCGUAUGAACCGCCUCCAUCACACAAGGAGCCCCUCCUCCGCCGCCCUGACUACUCCCACAUGCCAGAGCACCGAUAACCCUUUACAUUGCAGUGUGAAUGUGUGUGUGUGUGUGUGUGUGUGUGUGUGUGAAUGUGUGGGUUUUGAGUGAUGUAGUUGUGGUCCAAAUGUGCAUCACUGCAAGUUUGCCCAUUUAUAAUUCCCCUGUUUUGCAUCUCUUUUCUAAACACAAUUCUGACUAGUUGAUUUUUCACUUUAUAGUAUGCCUGGUUUUGCUUUGAUAAGAACGCUGCCCCAUAAUGCAGUAAUCUGUAUUGUGAAGUCGUUAUGGUUUUAAGGAAGUGUAUGGUUGUGAUGCGUACUGGGGCUCUGUAAUGACAGCUCUUCCUUACACAUCCCCGUCCCAGAAACUGUCAAAUAUGCGAGAAUAUUAAUCCAUACCAGAGGAGUGCCUUGUUAAAAGCCUAGUUGAAAUAUAUUGUGUAAAAUAAAUGUGUAUAUUUUUGAGCAAUGAA